UAUAGGAAAAACAUUGCUCGCGAAAACCGAAGACAAGUGUAUAAUUAAGUAUACGUAUCUCCAGAAACGUUUUCCUGAGAUGUCACCAUUGCUUCAUUACCUUUUCUGUAACCGAUCUGAUAUAUAAUCUUUGCCAGACUUUCUUUUGCCACUGAAGAGAAACACAUGUUUGACAGUUUCCAUGUUCGUAUUUCAAGAGCGUCUCAUUAACAUAGACCAGUCCACAUUUACUGAAAAUUUACGUGUACGUGUUUAAUUACGCUUUCCCUCUUUCAAGUAGAAGUAUUUUAUAUCGACAGGAGUUCCAGGUUCUACAUGCUAAUCAUUCGGUCAUUGCGCUUAUGUGUGCUGAAGACUCCCAGUUUCAUAUUAACACCAUCAAAGACAGUUUGCUCAAAGGUGCUGUUUUGCUCCAUGAUGGCAAAUGAAGAGAUGACGACAGAGAUGGAAGGACUGUCUACAAAGUUCAAUCUGAUAUCGGAAGGGAAGGCUACAAUCAUCCAGCCGGAGUCAGUGUUCUAUAAUCCAGUCCAGGAGUUUAAUCGAGACAUAACAAUCGCUGUGAUAUCGGAGUUUGCUACUGACCAUAUUCAGCAUGUCAAGGAACUACGACAGAAGAAAGCAAAGGCAGCUGGUGAAGUAGGAGAGGCAGAUGGAACUGAUCUUGAUGUCCCUCUGGAGGCUGGGAAGCAUCAUCCCCAUGGCAUGAAGAUUCUUGAGGGCCUUGCUGCAUCAGGGCUGCGUUCAAUGAGGUUCGGUCACGAAAUUCCUGGAGUUCAGAAAAUAAUCUGCAAUGAUUUUGAUAAGCAAGCUGCUGAAAUUAUUGCGAAAAACAUUACAAGAAAUGGACUCAGUGAGUUAGUUGAAGCUAGUUGCGCUGAUGCGUCAAUGUUGAUGUACCAAAACCGGUUCGGGUUUGAUGUGGUUGAUUUGGAUCCAUACGGCACUGCUGCGCCUUUUCUGGACUCAGCUGUAAAAUCUGUAAGGGAAGGGGGUCUUUUGUGCAUAACAUGCACUGACGCUGCUACUUUGUGCGGAAAUACUCCGGAAAAGUGUUUCACCAUGUACGGUUCUUUGCCACUAAGGUCAAAAUUCUGCCAUGAAAUGGCUAUGCGAAUAAUUUUAAGAUGCCUGGAAUCACAUGCAGCAAGGCACUCAAGGUACAUCGUUCCUCUUAUCUCUCUCAGCAUUGACUUUUAUUUCCGCAUAUUUGUGAAAGUCUAUUCAGGUCAGAAGAAAGCCAAAUUUUCUGCCACCCACACUGGAAUGGUGUACCAAUGCUCAGGCUGUGGCGCCUUUAAAACACAGAAUCUAGCUGAAGCAACCCCAGCCAAAGGUGACAAUUUCAAAUUUUCCGCAACCAAAGGCCCACCUGUUGCGGAAAAAUGUGAACACUGCGGUUCCCGUCACCAAAUGGGCGGGCCAUUGUACUUAGGCCCCCUACAUGACAAGGACUUCAUUGAUCGUGUUAUAGGUCGAGUUGUGUCGGAGGGGGAGGGGUUCCGGACAGGGAAGCGUUUGGAAGGCAUGUUGUCAACUGCCCAGGAGGAACUGGACACACCCCUCUACUAUGAGGCUGAUGGCCUUUACCAGACUGUGAAAUGUCAGCCCAUGCCCAUGAAUACAUUCAGGUCAGCAUUGCUGAAUGCAGGCUAUGAGGUCUCAUACUCGCAUGCCUGCAAGAACUCUUUGAAAACUAAUGCACCUAACUCUUUGAUAUGGGACAUAAUGAGGGCCUGGGUGAAUCAACUGGAACUGAAGCCCAAAAGGAAUGUGCCAGGUACUGCGGGCUUCAAGAUCCUCAGUGAAAAACCCUCUGUUGAGGUGGAUUUUACAGAGAACCCUGGAGCGAUCCCUAAAUCAAGAAGCCAGAAUCUUAUUCGCUGGCAGGUAAAUCCCGAAAGGAACUGGGGGCCAAAACCACGUGCAAAACGAGAGGGAGAACUUGAUACAAUGGAAACACGACGUCUACAAAACCAGGGGAAAAGGCGAAAGAAGGCUGAGAAGGAAGCAGAUAAGAACAACUCGGAGGCAGACAAGGACAAGAAUUCUGACAGUGAAAAUGUGUCAUGAUAAACAUUUGACUCUGACAUGUAUAAGACUCGAGAUGUUGCUUGUAUUAUUAAUAUUGAUUCUUAGAAAAUAAAUUUCAUAUUAUCGUU